AUGCUGCGUUCUUUGUUUUCACUUGGUCGUCCGGCCUCCGACUACUUCGUCCCCAAGGUGGACCCCACGCAGGAUGGACCCGAAUGUCUGAAAGACUGCGCAGACUGCACCGUGCAAUUCCCAUCAAAAGUGAAGGUGGAAAAUUCCAGGCCUCUGUAUGGCCAGAUCAAAGAAUUCCACACGCAUGUCCUGGUGGCCACGGGGAAGUCCGACUGGAAAGAAAAAGUGGAACAAGAACAGGGGAGCUUGAUGGAAGCAUUGGACCAGCCAUCAGCUGAAUCUCAACACGGCCGCAUCAUGGUCUCAGCAUCCAGUCUCCAGAAACCAGACUACACGGGCGCAAGAGAAAGCUCAGAACAAGCCACAACAGUGCUGCUUCUCCCAUCUUUUACAUUCGUGGAUUCUGUCACCCCGACAUCGAUACCUGAUCUGGUCAACCGGUUCAUCGACCACCCAAGCGACCCGUCGAAUGCAAAUGGCAGCACUCCUACUACCGCAUCUGGGAUGAACGCCCGUCCCUGUGAGCUAGACUAUGUGAUUCUGCUAUGUUCACACCGACGUCGGGAUGCACGCUGUGGGAUUACGGCACCCUUGAUCAAGCGGGAGCUCGAACGACACCUGCGUCCGCUGGGACUAGACCGGGACGCGGAUGAUUCGCGGCCUGGCGGCGUGGGCAUCUUUUUCGUCUCGCAUGUGGGCGGGCACAAGUUUUCUGCAAAUGUGCUGGUCUAUCGCAAGAAGGAGCAGCAGAUGAUAUGGUUAGCACGGGUUCGGCCGGAACACUGCGAGGGUGUGGUUAAGUAUACCGUUCUGCAGGGCAAGGUGGUUCAUCCCGAAUCGCAACUGAGAGGAGGGUUUGAUCUGGCCCGGGGCUUGACGAGUUGGUGA